CCGACUUCGACAACAUUCUUCUCUCCCAUCUUCCCAUCUCCCUCGGCCUGCACAACACGCAGCAUCGAGCAAAACUAGCCCACGACAUCGCACCCCGCAUAUCCGCAUCAUGAACGUCUUUGCGGACGAGGCUACUGAGGAACGCGGCGAGAACGCGCGUCUCUCGUCCUUCGUUGGCGCCAUGGCGCUCGGCGACCUUGUCAAGUCGACGCUUGGGCCCAAGGGCAUGAACAAGAUUCUCCAGUCGACGCACGACGGGAGCAUCACGGUGACGAACGACGGUGCGACCAUUCUCAAGGCGAUCACGCUCGACAACCCCGCCGCCAAGAUCCUCGUCAACAUCUCCAAGGUGCAGGAUGACGAGGUCGGCGACGGAACGACCAGCGUGUGUGUCCUCGCGUCCGAGCUGCUGCGCGAGGCUGAGAAGCUCGUUACGGUCUCCAAGAUCCACCCCCAGACCGUGGUUGAGGGAUACCGUAUUGCCUCGCGCGCCGCGCUCGACGCGCUCGCCAAGAGCGCCGUCGACAACAAGGACGAUGCGAUGCAGUUCCGCGAGGACCUGUUCAACAUUGCCCGCACUACGCUCUCGUCCAAGGUUCUCAGCCAGGACAAGGACUACUUUGCCAACCUGGCCGUCGACGCCGUGCUCCGCCUCAAGGGCAGCAUUGACCUUGAGCACAUCCAGAUCAUCAAGAAGGUUGGCGGCAAGCUCACUGACUCGUACCUCGACGAGGGCUUCAUCCUCGACAAGCAGAUCGCUGUCAACUCGCCAAAGCGGAUAGAGAACGCUAAGAUUCUGAUCGCCAACACUUCCAUGGACACGGACAAGAUCAAGAUCUUCGGCGCACGUGUGCGCGUCGAUGGUACCGGCAAGCUCGCCGAGCUCGAGCGUGCCGAGCGCGACAAGAUGAAGGCCAAGGUGCAGUCCAUUGCGGCACACGGCAUUACUUGCUUCGUCAACCGCCAGCUCAUCUACAACUACCCCGAGUCGCUGCUUGCCGAGCAGGGGAUUAUGUCGAUUGAGCACGCCGACUUUGAGGGCGUUGAGCGCCUCGCACUCGUCACUGGCGGUGAGAUUGCGUCCACGUUUGACGCCCCGGACAAGGUCAAGAUUGGCCGCUGCGACGUCAUCGAGGAGAUUAUGAUUGGCGAGGACAAGCUUAUCAAGUUCUCGGGCGUGGCGGCCGGCGAGGCGUGCACGGUUGUGCUGCGCGGCGCAACGAGUCAGAUGGUGGACGAGGCUGAGCGGUCGCUGCACGAUGCGCUUUCGGUGCUCUCGCAGACGGUCAAGGAGACGCGUGUGACUCUCGGCGGCGGAUGCGCCGAGAUGCUGAUGUCGUGCGCGGUUGACGAGGCGGCACGCACGGUCAGCGGCAAGCGUGCGCUCGCUGUGGAGGGCUUUGCGCGCGCUCUGCGCCAGAUGCCGACCAUCCUCGCGGACAACGGCGGGUAUGACUCGUCGGACCUUGUCGCCAAGCUGCGUGCGGCGCACUACGAGGGCCGCAGCGACGCGGGUCUCGACAUGGACAAGGGCGCGAUUGCAAGCAUGAAGGAGCUUGGCGUUACCGAGAGCUACAAGCUCAAGCGCCAGGUCGUUGUCAGCGCGAGCGAGGCGAGCGAGAUGAUCCUGCGUGUCGACAACAUCUUGAGGGCGGCCCCUCGGCGGCGCGAGGCGCACUAGUCGCGCGUAGUCUCGGUUUGCGUAGUGGUAGAUUGCAUGCAUGUAGAUCUGGCUGAG